AUGGUAGAUUGCAAGCAAAUGAGUACGCCACUAGAAGCAAAGACCAAAGCCAGCUCUAGAACCAUUGACAUGGGUUUGCAUUUUAAUUCCCAAACUACACUUGAUCUGUGUGCUUUUUCGGAUGCAGAUUGGAUAGGUUGUCCUACAACUAGACGUUCCACCACAAGCUAUUGCACAUUCCUUGAAGGUAAUCUCAUAUCGUGGUGUGCUAAGAAACAACAUACCAUUUCACGCUCCAGUACCAAAGCUGAGUACUGCGCCAUGGCCAAUGCAGCAGCAAAACUCACAUGGAUGACAUUUAUUCUAAGAGACCUCCAUAUUCCAACAGUCUCCCCUCCAAUACUCUACUGUGUGACAACAUCGGUGCUCUUCAUAUGA